AUGCCCUACGCUGCCACCAUCUGGCGCACCCGGGCAAGGCUCGCCUCCGACACGUUCGUUGGCGCCGAUGAGGUUGAGUCCCUCAAAAGCACCCUGGCCGAAGCCAAGGAGCCGGAGGUGAGCAAGGCGACCGCGGACAAGACGGCCAAAAGCUUAGAGGAGGAGCAGACAACCGGCCAACGUCAUGAGGCGCGGGUGGGUGGGGUUGAAAAAGAGCUCAAGGACGCCAUUGCUAGAUGCGAGUCCUUGGAGCAGACGAGUUCGGAGCAGACCUCUGAGCUCACCAAAGCCCAUGAGAGCCUGAAGGAAGCCCGGGCCAAUGCCCAGGAUGCUCGCCAGGAGAUUCAAGAGGCGAGGCGGAUUGCGGCUGCGAGGCCUGAGGCGAGACGCUACAAACCUGCUCCCUCAACGGCCCAAACUUCGAUCUUUUGGGUUGACUCGUUUGACAGGGCCUCCGCCUGGGGAAUGGAAUUGGAGGCGGUCGCCGACGGAGGGCCGGCGACGGCGGCCGAGGCGACGCUGACGCCGACGGGCGUGGUGCGGGUGGAGAAGGUGAGGGGAAGGUCGGCGGUCACCCGGUGCUUCGCCAAGUAUCCGCUCAAGAUCAUCGUCCCCUCCAAGGUGGGCCCCGCCUCCUCCGGCGCCGUCUGGCUCUACGUCCUCACCUACGGCGGCGGCAUCGUCUCCGGGGAUAAGAUCUCCUGCGCGGUGACAGUCGGUGACGGGUGCAUGGCGGCGAUGACGACGCAGGCGUCCACCAAGGUUUACAAGGCUGUGGGUUCAAAAUGUUCUGAGCAGGUACUAGAGGCAACAGUUGGAAAAGAUGCACUGCUUGCGGUUAUUCCAGAUCCCGUAACCUGCUUCUCAACCGCUCGAUACUACCAAAAGCAAGUGUUUCAUUUAUCUGGGGAUUCAAACUUGGUCAUUGUAGAUUGGUUUACAAGUGGCCGGUAUGAGAGUGGAGAAAAAUGGGACUUCAACUCCUACAAGAGUGUUAACCACAUUCUUUUGGAAGAGUAUCAGCCUCUGUUUAUUGACUCGGUUCUACUGGAACAAGGCUCAAAUUGUACUAUUGCUGAGCGGAUGCAGGAAUAUAACGUCGUUGCGAUGGUUGUAUUAUCGGGGCCAAAGUUGAAGCAGAUACAAGAUCAGAUGCAAGACGAAGUAAAGAACAUGAUGUCUGUACAACUGCGUCCUCCCACCUCUGGUGGAGGCCGCUACGCCGCAAGGCCACAGGCCGUACAACCCCAGAGGCCCCCGCUCGUUGCCUCUUGCAGUCCAUUUGGUCGCACGGGGACUGGCAUGGUCGCUCGGAUAGUGGCGGUGAGCACCGAGUCAGCAUACACCUUCCUCAGACAUCAUCUGGCAGCGCUUGAACCGUUCCUUGGCGUUGCCCCUUAUUCUUCGUCAUGAAGCUAGCAAGCAGCAAGAAGCUGCUGAGAGUCACCGGAUCAUGAAACCUCGGCGCAGAUGAAUAAUGGAGCUGUAAAUCGCUGAGGCAGAGACAGCUAACGUUGCGGCGUCCAUCUUACCUGAGCCAAUUUCAGGGCCAGGCUCUGUAAAUGAUGGGUUGGUUGGGCCAAUUCGUGUUAACUGGGCCUUAUUAGUCUGUGCAAUUUAGGGCCCAAAAUAUAAGUGUUUCUGUUGCUAAAAAAAAGGUGUUUCGUACACU